UCAGACAUCAACAUGGUCGAGUGGACAGAUGCCGAACGCGCUGCUAUCCAGGACAUCUUCAACAAACUUGAUUACGAAGACAUCGGCCCCAAAGCCCUGCGGAGAUGUUUGGUCGUUUACCCUUGGUGCCAGCGGUAUUUUGGAGGGUUCGGGAACCUUUACAAUGCUGAAGCCAUCCUUUCCAACCCCAUGGUAGCGGCGCAUGGCAUCGUUGUGCUCCACGGUCUCGACAGGGCCAUGAAGAACAUGGAUGACAUUAAGAACACUUACGCUGAGCUGAGCGUGCUGCACUCCGAGAAAUUGCAUGUGGAUCCCGAUAACUUUAAACUGCUCGCCGACUGCCUGUCUGUGGUCAUUGCUGGGAAGAUGGGCACUGCUUUCACACCCGAGAUCCAGGCUGCAUUUCAGAAGUUCCUGUCUGUUGUGGUCAACGCUUUGGGUCGGCAGUACCACUAGGCCUACAUGCUUCAUCCGGAAGCAUAACGAAAUGCGUUGUCU